AUGACUGACUUGAAAAAGAUUAGCCUUGAGGAGAAGAAUGCUAUUGCUUCUUUGAAGAAAUGGUCAUAUUUACUGAAAUAUGGGCGGAUGGGGAAGCCAAAGUUCUGCCCGUUUCAGAUUUCCAAAGAUGAGAAGACAAUAAUAUGGUGUGUUAAAAAGGAGGAGAAACAACUUCCACUGAGUCGGGUGUCUAGGAUCAUGCCUGGACAGAGGACCGCAGUAUUCCAACGGUAUCCUCAACCUGAGAAGGAAUAUCAAUCAUUUUCGCUUCUAUAUGGAAACAGAUCGUUGGAUGUGAUUUGCAAAGACAAGGGGGAAGGUGAAAUUUGGUUUGUUGCCCUGCAAGCUCUUAUUUCAAAGAAUAAAUGCCAAAUAUCUUUAGAUGGUUCAAGCUCAAAUACACCAAAGAAGUCUCGGUCAAUCACACCAUAUAGCAGCAGUAACAUAGUCAGUGAGGAUUCAGGGAAGAAUGAAACUUCUUUGGUUCCUAUCAAGAGUAAUAAAAAUUUGGGAAGAGCAUUCUCUGAUCUGUUAAUGUAUACUGAGCCAGGAAAAUGUUCCCCGAAAAACAAAUAUAUUCUCAAAACAUACGGGUCAAAAUUUUCCAGGUUACACGAUGAUCACUAUUCUAGUAGUCCUGCAGACAGUGAUCCUGUGAGUUCUUCUAUGCAAUCAUCUAUUGAUGAUUUGCAUGUUGUUUUCAUAUGGGGAGAGGGAACUGGGGACGGGCUGCUAGGAGGUGGUGUGCAUAGAAUUGGAAACUCAAAUUCUACCAAAAGGGAUUCACUUUUGCCAAAGGCUUUAAACCCUGAUAAAUCUUUCGAUGCGAGAAAAGUUUCUUGUGGAAGUAAACAUGCGGUGGUAGUCACCGAACAAGGUGAGGCUUAUAGUUGGGGAGAAGGAUCCGGUGGUAGGCUUGGCCAUGGAGUAGAAGAUGAUGUGUCAACCCCAAAGCUCAUCAUUGAUAUCAGCAGAUCAAACAUCCAAUCAGUAUCAUGUGGAGAAAACCACAUAUGUGCUGUAACGCAAUCUGGGGAUCUAUACACCUGGGGUGAUGGAAUCAACAGUUCUGUCAGUCACUGGAUUCCCAAAAAAGUCAGUGGCCAGAUCGACGGAAUGCAUAUAUCGUUUGUCUCUUGUGGGCCAUGGCAUUCUGCAGCCAUCACAUCAGACGGUCAGCUGUUUACUUUUGGAGAUGGAACUUUUGGUGCACUUGGACAUGGAAACACUAAUAGCACAUGUCAUCCUAAACCUGUUGAGGCUCUAAACAGACUUAGAACAGUUGGAGUAUCUUGUGGUGUUUGGCAUACUGCUGCUAUUGUAGAUGUCGACCUUGAACCUUUGACUUCUCAUAACUCAUUUUCUAGGAAACUAUUCACAUGGGGUAAUGGAGAUUACGGCCAGCUAGGUCAUGGUGACAAGAAUCCAAGAUUAAGUCCCUUGUGUGUCGUCUUAUUAUAUGAUAAAAACUUCAGUCAAGUAGCAUGUGGGGAUGGUAUGACAGUUGCUUUAGCUACCUCUGGGCACGUAUACACAAUGGGAGGUGAAAAUAAUUGUAACAAAAGUAAUUAUAAUGUUCCUUUGUGCAUUGAAGACAUAGAAGAAAUAUCAUGUGGAUCUCAUCAUGUUGCAGUUUUAACUUCAAAAUCUGAGGUGUUUACAUGGGGAAAGGGAGGAAAAGGGCAGUUAGGACAUGGAGAUAAUAAAGAUAGAAAUAUUCCUACACUAAUUGAAGCUCUUAGCGAACCACAAGUGAAAAGUGUGGUAUGUGGAUAUAAUGUGACAGUUGCCAUUUGUGUUCGUAAACAGGUGCGUACUCCCGACCUUCCCAUGUGCACAAGUUGUCAUGCACAGUUUAAUUUAGAAAGGAAGCGCCAGAACUGCUUCAACUGUGGGCUUGCUUUCUGUAAACCAUGUACCAAUAGGAAAUCAAUAAAGGCAUCCUUGGCUCCAAACACGGACAAAACAUACCGUGUAUGUGAAGAUUGUUAUCACAAGCUCCAUAAAGAUGAAACUGAUACGAAAACAAAUGAUUUACCUCCCAAGACCACUAAAGCAAAUAGCAAUCGUAGAUCAGGCCCUGAUGGUGACCAUAGAUCACCAAGCCUGUUUUCUCGGCUCUCCUCUUUUGAUUCAUUCAAACUCUCUGGCUCAGUCAGUACUUCUCGAGCAACAUCUCCUGUAUCUUUUAAAUCAAGUCCUAAUCACUCCACAAAUCUUGUGCUACCUGAAGCAGAAGUAGAUGAUUCCAAGAGAAAGGAUGACAAUGUUAUCAAAGACGUAUCAAUACUUAGGGAACAGGUUAUUUCUUGA